GCUCUCCCUCUUUUAAUACACUUUACUUUAUAACUACGUUUUUUCUUUUAUUUUUUUUUCUUCUUCUUCUACUAUAUACUAUUUUACGUCGUGUCGGUCUUUUCAUUCAUCCUUGACGCUUUGACACCCGGACGUCAGACCUGCAAUUCGCUCUCUAUCGUGUUAGUAACAUCGUUCCUCAAACAACAUUUAUUUAUCGUUUCGAAUCAUCCGUCAAUUUUUAUACUCUCUCUCUCUCUCUCUCCCAAUUUCCUGAAUGAAAAACUCGACAAUCGAAUUUUGUUGGAGCUUUGUAAAAAAAAAUCGGUAAUGGAUAUAUAUGUGUAUGUGUAUAUAUAUAAAGAGAGAAAGUGAACAGUGAUGAUAUGAGUUAAAACAAAAAAAUAAACGAAUUUCAGAAAAAAAAAAAAUAGUGUGGAAUGAUAUAAAUUGACAAAUGUGAAAAUUGAGAGGAGCAAUUAUGGAGAAUGGGACUUUAAUAAAUGAUACGAGGGACGAGGAACUCGCAAAAUGGGAAAUUGGCAUUUUGACCUGUUUUUUCGUCAUCAUCAUUAUUGGCAAUUCCCUUGUUUUAUUCUCCAUUUAUUUAAAAAGACAUUACGGACAAAGAAAAAAAUUAACUCGAAUGCAUUUUUUCAUUAUGAAUUUAAGUGUCGCUGACUUGCUUACUGCUGUUCUCAAUGUUUUACCACAAAUGGCGUGGAAAAUCACUUUCAGAUUUCAGGGAGGAGCGUUCCUCUGCAAAUUGAUAAAGUUUGGCCAACCUAUCGGUCCAUACUUAAGCUCCUACAUCCUAACGGCGACAGCUAUAGACAGAUAUCAUGCGAUAUGUUUUCCCUUCAGCUAUUGUCGCACUACGUCAAGAAGAUCAAGGAUUAUGGUCUACAGUGCUUGGAUAAUUGCUCUCAUACUGUGCACACCACAACUUUUUGUAUUUUCAUAUCAAACAAUUUCUCCGGGAGUUUGGGACUGUUGGGCCACUUUUACAAUGCCUUAUGGACAAGAAGCUUACGUCACGUGGUACAGCAUCUCUGUUUUUCUACUUCCAUUCACUGUUUUGGUCUAUACAUAUACAGGAAUUUGCAUUGGAGUUUGGAAAAAUAGUGGAGUAUCGGACCCAUUAGAAAUUGGAUAUAAAAAAAAUUCGAAUAUUAUAAAAAAAAAACAAAGUCCAUUAAUAACAAAGGCGAGAGUAAAUACGAUGAAACAAACAAUAGUUGUUGUUACUCUUUAUUUUUUAACAUGGAGUCCAUUUAUUGGUUGUGAACUAUGGAUGGCAUGGGAUCCAAUAAGGGCAUUAAAUUCUUCAAUUUUCGAUGGUCCAUUAUUUACUGUGCUUUCUCUAUUAAGCUGUCUGACGAGUUGUGUAAAUCCAUGGAUAUACAUAGCAUUUAAUUCUGAACUGCGAAUCCUCUUAUUAAAUUUUCUACGGAAAAUAACAAGACAUAAAUAUUCACCAGCGUCAGACGAUAAUUCAAAAAUUGGACAUUCAAAUGAACCCUCAACAACGUCCUCAUUGAUCUCAAAAGUAUCCACGUGUCCAAAUACAGUAAAGCCAAUUUACACGGAAGUAAGAGAACGAAAUAUUUAAUUGUAUCAUUCACGUGAAAUAUAGUCAAAUUAGUGAUAUAGAAAUAAUGAGAUAAUAAUUUAUUCAAUUAUUUAUUUAACGAAAUACAACCAAAUUGUAUUGUAUUUAUAAAGUUAAAAUAAUUAUAUCUUUUUGUAAUUAGCAUUGUUCUUAAAUAAAGGAGAUUGUGACAUUUUUUUAUA